GACACCCGCUCUGCAAAGCUCGCCUCGCACGGUCGUCCGGACCAGCUGCAGGAAACUGAUCGUGUUGAGCUACGGCACAUAACGCUCACGGUUCACCUCUGCAGGAAGGACUUCUGCAUGUUAUCAUCCACAUCCUUCACUUCAGCAUGAGCAAGCCUCCUCGAAUAUCGCUUGUGAGGUCCAAACCGUCUUGAAACUGCGUCGACAUGAGCACAAAAGGAGUCUCAUAGCAGCACGCACACGGAAGGGUUAGUGAAAUCCCUGCUUUGCGCCGCUUUUCUUUUCGUGUUCACAUCGUAGCACCGGACCGGACGAACGCUUUCAUGUUGGACCCGACGUCAAUUCGGAGGCGAUUUUACAAGAAACUUAAUAUCGCUGGUAUGGACAGUGUUCGCGAAAACCGACAUAGCCCAGCUGACAGUGGUUUCGGUGCGGAUACUAUACCAAGCCCCGUUAGCGAGUGUUCGGAAGUUUCUAGCGACACAAUGACCCGCGCAACUUCGACGGACAGUGUGCUUGAGAACACAUCGAGGACUUCUCACGACGGUCAGGCAUCGCCGUCGUUGGUGAAAGUACAGUCCGUGCCAAAAGUGUCGUUCCAGCGGAAUUACCGCGUGAAAUACCUGGGUGGUAUCUGCCUCGACCGCAGGUACACACAACCCAUGUUGCCAUGGGUUGUAGCUGACUUGCGUAGGGAAGGCUUGAGGCAACCAACUGAUGUUCUGCUCGAAGUGAGAGAUUCGUCCUUGCGAGCCAGGUUGUAUUCAGAAGAGAAAGUGUUGUUCGAGCAUUCGCUCAACACAAUCUCAAAGUUUGCCAAGACCAGUGUGGACCACACUUGUUUCACGUACCUGCAGAAAGACAGUUCCGAUUUGCCACCGCAGUGCCAUGUGUUUCAAGCAGGCGACGAAGAGACAGUGCUUGAGCUGUUCAUGACGGUGCGUGAGGUGAGCAAGGAGCUAGCGUCGCACAAGCAGGGUGGUAUGUCACCACUCUGUCGCGUGGGAAGCGGCACUGGGCUCGAAGCCUUCCUCAGCAACGCGCAACAGUUCGAAGUGCUCUACGUUGGAAAGAUAAAGGGAUCAUCCAAGCACAACUCUCACACAUUCCUUGAUGAAGCGGUGGAUCGGUUCAAGGCCAAGCAGCAACAAGAACAACAGAAGCAGCAACUGGGCGAUUCCAUCAAGGGAAAAACUGUCAAAAUUAACAGCAUUGAAGCUUCUCCUGGUGUGAAUGGCAUUUCUGCCCAGGUGACAAAAGGAGUGGAUGUUGGUGUAUGCCGUUCUAGUAGUGGCAACAUCAGCAGCCCCAGCAGCGAGUUCAGUUCUUUAGAAAAUAUAUCUGAAGUCAGUGGGGCAGAUGAAUCUCCUCAUCACGACAAGAAUGUGGACAACAGGGAGGACUCUAUUCCUGUUGCUCUAGUAACGCACUCCCAGAGUCUCGACCCUACCUCGAGCGAAGCACUGUUGGAAAACCUGAAAGGAACCUGUGGGAAUAAGUGUGGUAUUGUGAGGGAUAGCCUUGUACCACCGUCGCCUCACACCCUCAUAACACACACCCAUAGCCUGGACUCCCAGUCCAAACAAUCUGUCUUCCAGGACCUCCAAAAUGCACAACUGACUGCUCAACGUGUGCGCUCCAUAAGUGGUGAUAUUCCACGUCCGGCCAAGCAGACAUCUCUGCCCAUAUACCGUACCCGUGUCGGCAGUGGGGGAUCCGUAGAUCUCAGGCGUCCACUUGUAGAGACUGGACGUCGUAACAACCGAACCAUGUUGUUCCUCAUCUUGAAGAAAGAGCUUUGUUUGCUCAGUACAGAUCGAAAGCAAGUGCUGGUCAACAAGCCCUUCAGUGAUAUAUCUCGCUGCUCUCUCGGUGUGAAACAUCCAGACCAUUUUGGAUUCAACUGUAGAGAUGCUUCGCUGACUUCAACUGACAACUAUGUCUUCUACAUAUUCAAGUGCUCCACCGUAGAAGUGGCCAAUGAGAUAAUGCAGACCAUGAAGCAGGCAUUCCACAGUGCACACCAGACCGGGCAGCCCACGAGGGAACCACCUUCAGGUUUCCUGCAGAGCCUUUGUGACAGCUGUCCCAUGCAGAAGUUCCACAAGCUCUGCCUUGAGCUUGAAGGGUUGUCACCAGAAGCUUGCCGAAAGGUGAUAGGGAGGCGAAUUUACAAUCUGUCUGAAGCUGACAAGCAGAACAUACAAGCGAAAUACCAGGGUGCACAAGUACAAACAGUACAAGAAGGUAAUGAAGUGUACAUGACACUCCUGCGACAGCUGUACGAAAGGAAGCAGCUGAAGCAUACCCAUCAGCCACAAGGGCAGAGGCAAGAAGGUUUGCUGGAGAUCAAGGCUCCAUCCUUCACAUUUGAUAAUCUCAAGGAGAAGGCUAAGAAGUCACUCACGAAUUCUUUUGACACCAUCCUCAAGAGGAAAGGCAAAGAGGUAGAAGGUCGAGGGCGGUCGGCCACACUUCCGACAGAGGAUAUGUUUAAACUGACGAUGAACGACUCGUCGCCAACUAGCGGAUCCCUAGUGUCUUCCCGCGAAGGCAGCUGCGAUCCAUCGGCAGCAUUUGGAUCUUAUUCUCCAUGCAAGGAGCAGAGCCCUUCUCCACUAAUGCAGAGGCCCCGAAGUUCAACAAUCAGCAGCACCCGGGAUGCACGAGCCCGAGAUUCUGCAUCAAGGGCUGCGAAGGACGAUGCUACGACAAAUAACGAUAGUAGCAAACAGAGUCCAAUAAUGAAGAUAUUUAUGAAAGUAGGCUCUUCGAGGCAUCAUUCUUCAAGUGAUGAAGACAGUUGUGAAGCUCCCAGCCAAAACAUGUCUUGGAGACAGACUAUCUUCCACAGAGUGCAGACACCAACAAAGGGACCUGACACAAGUAAUGACGACACAUCGACUGUCUGGGUUCCAGAAAGUCCUGCAGCCACACCUGAAAAGCAAAGUAAAUCACGUAUAACCCGGACACGUGAAGAAUUACGGAACCUCUGGAAGACUGCCAUUAGACAGCAGAUACUGUUGAUUCGGAUGGAGAAAGAAAACCGUAAACUCCAAGAGCAUCAAGAUGAGGCAACAAACAAGCGAAUACGUCUUGACUAUGAGGACGUGACGCCUUGCCUUAAGGACACAGCCCAGCUCUGGGACGAACUUCUUAAAGAACCUGCAGACACACGCAUUAACCCAGAUGUGCUACAGGACCUGGUCAGAGCUGGUGUACCCAGGCACAGGCGGGGUGAAAUCUGGCACUUGCUAGCAAAUCAGUACAAACUACGGUCACAACCUGCAUCAGUCGCCAGCUUCGACACGUCAGUCCAAUUUCGGCAUCUUUUGAACGAGCUCACAAUCCAUCAGCAUGCAAUCCUCAUAGAUCUUGGCCGUACAUUUCCAAACCACCCUUUCUACAAGGACUGUCUCGGAGCGGGGCAAAUGUCUCUGUACAAUCUUCUAAAAGCCUACUCACUUCUUGAUAAAGAAGUAGGCUACUGUCAAGGGCUAAGCUUUGUGUCUGGGGUCCUGUUGCUACACAUGUCUGAAGAAGAAGCCUUUGAAAUGAUGAAGCACUUUUUAUUCUAUCUUGGGUUUAGGAAGCAGUACAAACCUGACAUGAUUGCACUGCAGGUGCAGCUCUACCAGUUAUACCGUUUGGUCCAUGACCAUUAUCCUGACCUGUACAAGCACUUCGAAAAGCACGACAUCAGCCCAGCUUUAUUUGCAGCUCCCUGGUUCUUGACCCUUUUUGCUUCCCAGUUUCCGCUUGGAUUUGUUUCUAGACUUUUUGAUCUCAUCUUUUUGCAAGGCAUGGAGGCAGUCUUCAAGGUGGGAAUGGCUGUGCUUGGCACAUUUGCCGACACUCUGAUGUCCUGCUCCAGUUUUGAAGCAAUUAUGGAUUGUUUCAAGAACAAACUUCCGUCGCCAAAUGCCAUCCAAAUGGAAAGGCUCUUUGCCCAGGUGUUCUCUUUAGAUAUUAGCAGAGAGCUUCUGGCAUAUGAGGUAGAGUACCACCUGAUUCAAGAAGAAAUGCUUUACACACCAAGAAAAGAAACUGUUUCUUCUGAGGAGCUCGAGACAAAUCGUUCACUUCGGCGUCAGAACAUGGAGCUCCUAGAGCAACUCCAGGUUGCAAACAACAACGUCACAAAAUUAGAAGCCUCAGUUACAUCAUACCAGGGAACUGUGAAACAUCUCGAAGCCCGUAUCCGUGACCUCGAAGAUGAGCGUGAUGCUUUGCUGCACAGCAACAACUGUUUGCGACAUCGUGUCGAGCGGUUGGAACACAGAGAUGAUGCUAGUGCUCCCGAGUCCGAAACCAGCUCUAGGGCUCCUUCGCUCGGCGCAACUCGUUCCCUGAGCUUUGGCGCUGGCGAGACGGCAGACGGGAUCGCAAGCAUGGUGCGCCAGUUGUACGACACAGCCGAGCACGACGAGGGCGACUCGGCGUCGAAUAAUUCGGAUGAGAGAAUCGACGGUGACGAACAGACGAGUGGGGGGCUAUGAGACGGUAAUCUGCACGUUUUGCAAAGAAGCCCAUUGAGAUUCUCAUGAUCACAGAGGUGGCUAAAAGGUGGUGUGAAGUUACAUGCUGAGAAACAAAAACAGGUUAUUUUGAGAAAUGCGGUUGAAUGCUGAGAUCUGACUCGCUACAUUUACAGUUGCAAAUGAGACUUUGUUGAGAAAAGAUGUUGUUGUGUACAAUUUUUUUAGAUUUCGUUAUGUACAGCUUAGAGGCUCAGACCAAGGGCUCGAUGGUCAACUUUUCGUUAUUCUGAUAAAUGCAUGGCUUCGCUGUGAUUCAUCACGAGCUCCCGCAAGAUUACCGAUUGUGUCGUUGCCUUGAAAUCCCUGCUGACAGAAACGGUUUUCUGUGACAGAAACAGGAACGGAAAUUGUGAUGUUUGGAGCGCACCAACUUGAAAUAUAACGAACGGUAUAUGUAUUCAGUUCAGUUUCGGGCCGCAGACUAGGAAAUGAAAACAAUGGUAACAUUUUAGGAACUAAGCCCAUCGCUUGGUUUUGAAUCCUUACAACAACCCCUACAAGUUUGCCUUUGCAGUUCUAUUGAAGGUGAGAAAAAAUACUUCUCAUCCAAGGCGUCUGCAUAGCCUGCUUUUCUGGCAUAUAUGAUACACUAUAUAUGUGCAUACUCGUUUCUGUGGUGUGCAUGAUCUUUUGCGGCAUAUAUAAGUUUUCAUUUUGAAUAUAGUAGUGAGAAGUUCUGUGGAACUGUAGGAUGUCUUUAGUGUAUGUGCCUCGUAUCGAGGUGGCUUUUUGAGAAAAGUUUGAUAGGUUUAUGAAUUGUGAAUGUUGUUAAGAAUAUCUUGUGACUUGCAAAUUCUUGGCAUGUAGCUUCAUACUUAUCGUGUGCUAAGAGCGCUAUUUCUGUUGUUUGUCUGAUGUUAUUUUGUUGUGUUGCAGGAAAAAUUGAGUUUUAAAAUAUUUUUGUUGCAUGACACACAUAGUUUAUUGUGCUUCUGAGUGUAUUUAUCUAGACAACAGAUGGAUUGGUCUCACAAAGAGGAUAAUGGUCUAGAAUGGUCUUCAAUUGGCCUACUUUAUUGGGGUUCAAUUAAGCAUGUAAUUGCUAAUCCAGAUUUCUAGGACUGUAAGCUACGUAUCAUAUUAAACUAAAUCUGUGUGAAUAAGGUUGCUGGGUAUUGUUGUUGAAAAGUGUGGUAGCUGCAGUGCAAUGUACUGAAGCAAUGCUGACAUAACUAGGCAUGCUUGCCAUACUGAUGUAACUUGCAUUACAUGUUAUGUUGCAGUACUCCUCACUGUACUUAAUCAAAUCAUGACUGCUGUACUUGAAUACACUGUAGACUUCUCUGCAAAGCUUUGUCAUUUUCAAAAUCUUGGUUUAAGUGCAAGUUCAGACACUUAAAAAUGCAGCAUUUUUGCCUGCUCUCAGUUUUUUCGUUACGUCAUGACAUGUGUCAGUGGUACAUAUUUUAUGUUGCCAUGUUGGAAAGUGUUACAAAACAUGUACAGGUUAUAUGUAGACAUUUUUUUUAGUCCUUAGUUGUGCUUAGUUGUGUAUCAAGUAACUAGAUUCUGUUGACUGCAACAGUAUUACACGUGAUGCACGCCCCUCAGGAACGACUAAGUGCUGUUCACUUAAUGCUGGUUUGUUAUUUAAUAAUAAUAGUUGAAGCGAACUAGUUCUGAACUUAGUAACUGUGCUAGUAGAAAACUUGGCUAUGGUAGCUGGUUGUCAGGUAGUAACCGGUAGCACCAGAAAAUAAAUAGCAUCAGUUAGCAUGAUAUGUACUUACUUGGCAUUGGUGCUAGUAUAGUGAGACUGUGUCAUACCUAUGGAUCAUCACUGCACAAAUUAUGCUUCCAGGUCUGCUUGGAACAGUAACACUGCUGCUAUAGAUAUUCUUUGUGGACACUCACCUAUAUGUCAUCGAGGUUUGUAGUCAAUGCCGCUAGAAUGAGAACAAUUAUUCUGCCUGCAAAACUGAUUACGUACAAAUUGGUUAAUAGGAACUUCAUUACAUGUGUAUUUCCCUAGAUAACUAUGCUAGUUCAGUGGCAAUAUGUUAUCUCCUGAAAUUCCAGUAUUGCCUAUUGUUCACCCGCUGUACUGCACAGGCCACAAUGUGUGAUUCUGAUCAAAUCGAAUAAGAGACACUACCGAAGAUAUUGGAUAUAAAAAGAAACAUAUAUUUGUUUGGAAUAUAAACACAGUGCAGACCAUACUGGAAAGCUUCUGCUCCAACCUGUGGUUGUGUCCUAGAUCUCCUAGAAAUCAUACUUGCAGUUGCAAAGAUCAGUAUCCUAAAACUAGGUCAGAUACAUUUGGCAUGCAUCAGCUGUUAUGCCCACCGAGGUACAAACUCAAUCUGGAAUCCAUCCCCCACAUAACUCUACAGGAUAACGUUAAGGGAACAGCCACAAGGCGACUGCCGCUGAUAUUUCAAACAGCAGCUAUUUGAAAUAUUGGCGGCUCUCGUCCUGAUUCUCUUCCCUCCCCCACUGGUUUGCUGGAUUUCCUACCUCUACAGAAGAAUGUGCUACUAAAAACUAUACUGCCUCUGAUAAAUAAUUAAAUAAAUAAAAAAUUCCAUCCACUCUCAGUUUGUAGCCUAAAAAAGUGCUUCACUAGCAGUUUUAAAAUGGAAAGCUAGUAAAACAGUUAGGAAUAAUGCUAGGUAGGACACAUUUAUACUUAGCUUUGGAUGGGAUUGUGAAUGUUUGAAAGGUACAACACAAACAAAAUAUUGCAUUUCUAUUGCACUUUCAUUUUGUUUUGCUGCAGUGCGCAGGUGCUGUUUUAGGCAACGAUCUGUCGAAGAAUAAUGCUUGCUAUUUGAGACAUUUAUGCGACUUCUAAAGGUCUGGACAGGUAAAGGAAAAUGCCCUAAAUACAUAUCAGAUUUUUUUUUUUUUUUUAUGUUGGAUAUCAUUGAAGGCAAAUUAUGUAACAGAAACAUGAAAUCUCAGUCUUGAGCAACAGGCCAAACUGGCAUUUACCUCGCCUCGAUUAAACUUUUCAUGCAGUAAGUCCUAACCCUGUUGACAUACCAUGCAUGUAGUCUAGAAUACGAUGACAUAUGUGAUCCAUCAUGGGCGUAUGUAUGUAUUAGAACAUUGACGUAAAAGAGAGAUAUGUCCAUGCGUGCCGUAACAUUUCAUGCCAAAAUUGGCACUUGAUUACAGCAGCAAACCAAAGCUUUACAUGUAUAAUGCAAGAAAAUUUGUGCUGAAUUACAUAUUAAACAGCUGCGCCGGUGCGAUGCUUUCUUGUAUUAUUUUAACAAACUCGUCAAAUAUGUCAGAUUCCUUUCUGGCUUAAAAAUGUACAUGCUUAGUACAAACAUGAUGAUGAACAUGUCGUUUAGACACUUGUACAGGUGUUGACUGUAGUUAACAUGAACCACGUCGGGGAGGCACGAACAUCUGCAAAAACUAAAUCACUUUAUCUACAUGUGCCCCCUUUGCUGAAAAACGUUGUUUCUAGGAUGCACUCAUAUGCUGCUGAUAUAUUGGAGAUUGGUUCCUGUGGCCCUCACACAAUGAGCAAUAUGCUUUACUUGGUUGACAGAAUGGACAAAAUAGUGCCUUUGCUUCCUGCCUAAUAUGGGUUAUGUACUGUUAUCUCUUUCCUGUUUUCAGUGUAUUCCGAAAAGCUUGUAGAUGUCUGUUAGUUUUGUAAAUUAUUGCACUGUAAAAAGAAGCAUGUAAAUAAGGGCUAGUGAAAUGCAGUGCAUAUUAGUGCACAUGCAGUGUCAUUACGGCACAAUACGUGAGGUUGUUUGGAUGUGAGGAGAUAUUUUGCUGUAGUGUACAAUGUUUUUAUGUAGGUAAGGAGUAAAUAUAAUAAAGUUUCCUUACAAAAGAUGCCA